UAUGUAAAUAAAUGUAAGAGCAAUUUGGCAAUAUCUUUCUUUCUUAUCCUCCCCAGGGGACUCUCAGCGCAUUCUCCUCCUAAAACCUUUGCAUCCCUUCAAUGGCGGCUGCUACCUCCUUCGCUACCCUCGCCAUCGCGCGCCCGGCGGGGCACCGGGCCCUCCUCGCCUCCAAGGCCCCCUCGCCGCUCCUCUCCCUCCGCGCCGCCCGCCUCCCCUCCCAGGCCGUAUCCUUCUCCGCGCCGUCGCCCUCCCCCAGCCGCGCGCGCUUCGUCACCUCCGCCAGCGCCGAGCCCAAGGAAGCAGAAAUUCAGUCCAAAGUCACGAACAAGGUGUACUUUGACAUAAGCAUUGGGAAUCCCGUGGGGAAGAAUGUUGGGAGGAUCGUCAUCGGCUUGUAUGGAGAUGAUGUGCCCCAAACAGCAGAGAACUUCCGUGCUCUUUGCACUGGAGAGAAGGGGUUCGGGUACAAGGGAUCCAGUUUCCACCGUGUCAUCAGGGACUUCAUGAUUCAGGGAGGAGACUUUGACAAGGGCAAUGGUACCGGAGGGAAAAGCAUAUACGGCCGCACCUUCAAAGAUGAGAACUUCAAGUUGGUCCAUGUUGGACCUGGAGUGGUCAGCAUGGCUAAUGCUGGACCAAACACCAACGGCAGCCAGUUUUUCAUUUGCACUGUGAAGACACCGUGGUUGGAUGGGAGACAUGUCGUAUUUGGCCAGGUUCUUGAAGGCAUGGACAUUGUAAAGAUGAUCGAGUCGCAGGAGACUGACAGAGGGGACCGUCCGAAGAAGAAAGUAGUCAUCAGCGAGUGCGGGGAGCUUCCAGUGGUCUAAGUGUUAUAUGUCUAUCGUCUUACCUCAGAUGGGCAUUGAUAUUUCCCCCUUCUGGAGUUCACCGGAGAAUAUUAUGAUACUGCAAACUUAUCAUGUUGGUUCCUGCUAGUUAUAGAGAUCAUUCUGAGUUGAAGCUAAGAUCUCAAUCUGAGGCAUACGGCUGCUGUUCAGCUGAAUAAAUACCCUGUUCUUGUUUUCCUUACCUUGUCCGGGGGGAUGGCUUUUGUGAUGAAAUUUGAAGUACCCUGUACAAUUUAUGAUACUUUCAUGAGAAUCGAAAUGGCUGGAUGCCUGUUGAUUCUUA